GUGUACUAUCGGACGCUGCUCCAAUGCCCUGGAUCAGAGCGUCUGUCUCCUCGCAGGACCCGUCCGCUCUACCCACAGUUCCCCGCGCUCAGACAAGAUGGAGGAACUCAGCAGCUGCGGGAGAACAAUGUUUGGACUCUGAACAUAAAAAGAAACGAGCGAGGGGGAAAAUACACACUGAAAGAGCCAACGGUGGACAUGCACUGGAUGAGUGAGGUGGCCUUGCAUUGAAGCAGACCCCAUCGGCCCUAUUCCAGCAUCAGUGUCGGUGUGACAACAUUCAGAGCCUUGCCCCUUCAUCAUGAGCCUGAUCCAGGACAAACUUGGCAAUGAGUUCCUCCGCUCCAAUGGUGGCAUGGAGCCAGGCUUCGGUCCAGGCAUGCUCAUGUUCAGCCACUUGCCCCCUGUUACUAGUUUCACCCGACUGGCCAGUCAAACGGUUAUGGCCGACCUACAGCCCCACGAGAUGAUCUUGAAGAAGGAGAGGGACUCGCCGGACUGUGGAGGAGGAGGAGGAGGAGGAGGGAUGAGUGCAGGAGGCAUGUGUGGCGGAGGUGGCAUGGGAGGGAUGAUGGGUAGUGUGGGCGAUUAUGUUCAUGCCAUGGGCAUUAAACAGGAGAAGGUUUCUGAACACGAUUACAGGCUUCCUCUCUACCCGGGGGGUGGAGGUGGAGCCGGAGUACGAAGUGGAGGAGAGUUGCUGGAGGUCUCGCUGGGCAACCAUCAGAACCUGCUGGUGCACGACCUCAGUCUGGGAAACCUGUCAGGACGGCUGGUAAAGGAAUCCUCAGGGAGGAAGGGUCGAAGGUCAAACGGAGAGGGGCAGGAGGGCAAGACACGGAGGAAACGAGGAGAGUCGAAGUCAAUGAUGCUGGAUCCAGAUGGAGGGAGCUUGUCUCCAAACUCCAAACCGCACAUAUGUGAGCACUGCAAUGCAGCGUUCCGGAGCUCCUAUCAUUUACGCAGACAUGUGCUUAUACACACAGGUGAGAGGCCUUUCCGCUGCACUCAGUGUAACAUGAGCUUCAUUCAGAAAUACCUCUUACAGAGACACGAGAAGAUCCACAGUGGAGAGAAGCCAUUCAGCUGUGAUCAGUGCAACAUGCGUUUUAUUCAGAAGUAUCACAUGGAAAGACACAAGAGAACUCAUAGUGGAGAAAAGCCAUACAAGUGUGACACCUGCCAACAGUAUUUUUCCAGAACGGACCGGUUGCUGAAGCACAAGCGGACGUGUGGAGAUGCCAUAAAAAAGGGUGUGGAUGGAGCGGAGCACGAGUUGGGCGCAGCGGGUGACGGAGAACACGGCAGCUACGGAAUCUCUCAGGGAAAUGCGGCCACGCCUGGCCGCAAACGGGGCAAGUCAAAAAAUGCUGGUGAGGGGAGUGAACGCAAACGUAAGAAGUCAUCCGGGCCUUCGGGGGUGACGCAUAGUCAGGGGGCGGAUGGUUACGGGGUGCACGACUUCAGCUCACCUGCGAACCACGGGGUCUCAACAACGUCAUCUUCAGUCCAGCCGGGCCCCAGCAUGCAUAGCGAACAUGGCCGGGCUCCCAAGAUGGCCUUCAAGAAGGGGAACAGGAAGUCCCAGGAGAAGAAUGCUCAACACAUGGAUCAGUCCAAACCAGGAGGCAUGGAGCUGCCUGCCGGAGGAGGCUUGGAAGGCCUUGGACUUCUUCCAGGUCCAGGGGCCAAAGUCGGUCACAGCAGCAGUAACUAUGACGACGCCAUGCAGUUUUUGAAGAAGAGGCGAUACCUCAAUGUGACAAACAAUGGCAGUGCGGGUUCUGGAGCUUCAGACUACGACGUAGGCAUCAGUCAUCUGCAGUCGCAACCGACGGUCAUUCAGGGUGUCGUCUCGGGGGUUCUAGAUGGUGACGUUGCGCUAGGCCUUCUGGACUCGUCCCCUCUGGGAGAUAUAAAGCAUGACAAGUCUGGAAUCCCAGAUGAGGUUCUCCAGAGCUUGUUGGACCACUAUGCUCACAAGCACGACGUGUCUUUCGACAUCCCCGAUCCCCAUCACGUGGAGCUCCAGCCAGCCGGCACGGAUGCCGCAGACCCGUUGGGACCCGAGGGCUCCCCGUCAAGUCCCAACAGCGGCGACAAAGCCGUGACCAUGCACGAGUACUCGCGUUUUCUUCUUCAGGCACUAGAGCGAACCAGUCACAACCUAAACUUCUCAUUGGGUCCCAGUCACGGUUCUGCCGUGACUACCACAGGACCGUUUCCUGGGUCUAGCCCACUUUUGUCAGACAAGCAUGUGUAUACUUCCUCACCUCUCGAGUACUCGUUCUCACAACCAGUCUCAUCUUCGCCCUCCCUUUCGUCUGUGCCAAAGUCUCACUUUGGUCUCCUGGAGGGCUCAUCUCCUCCAACGGGCUUCCACAUGAGCAGCCUGGAGCAGUCUGCGCACACCCAGCAGCUCACACCUUCCCAGGAGCUCACCGAACAGCUGGACAAGCAGCACACCCCCCCUCCGCCGCCUCCACACACCCCCAACUCCAAUGCCUACCAGAUCGCACCUCAGCCUCCUGACCUGGGCGGUCCAAAAGAACCGCAAGGGCCGAAAAAUGGAGCCGCAGCCACCACUGGAGGAUUCGCCCAGGAUCUGGCCACCCUGGACCCAGCCAAGGCUUCUUAUCAGAUCGAAAACUUUGCCCAGGCUUUCGGGGCACAGUUUAAAGGGGGCCGAGUGCCCCUGGCCUUUAGCAGUGACUCGGGGGGAGAGGUAAAUCACCGCUUACAGACAUCAGUCUCCGAAUUCUCAGGGUAUAGCAGUCUCUUGGCUGAUGCCAGCGACCCAGUCAGCAGUGGCUCCAAAACCCCAACAAGCCAAAGCUACAGGUGAAUGGGCUCCUGUGCCUAGAUGCUCAGAUGGAGGUUCCCUAUUUUUAUUUUGUCAUGCUGUCUUUAUUUUGUAUUAUUGUUAUUGUUGUUGUUGUUGUUAUUAUUAUUGUUAUUAUUAAUAUUGUUAUUAUUGUUAUUUAGUUCUCCUCCUUUAAUGAAGUUGUAAUGCUUUUAAGACAUGUUUUUCGUACUGAAAAUACGUUCAUAUUUCUCUCUCCUUUGGCCUGCGAUGCAUUUUCCACAAUCCCCCCCCCCCCCCCCAAUUUCCUUUGAAAAAUAAGGAAACGCAUCUUUUUUUUAAAUUCUCAGCAUACUUCUAGUUCUAGUCUGUUAAUCAAUAGAUGGGGAAAAAAAAGUAAUAGUUGUUUACUUUUUCCAAAAGUCACUCACAUUUUAGUAAUCGACUUCGCAAGCAUGUAAAAAUAACUACGAAAUUGUAAUGGCAGGGAGUCACCCAGAACUAAAAUAGUCUGUUACAAUGAUUCAAGUAUUACUCAGGAAAAUGUGUGGACGGCAAAUCUAUACGAGGGGGUAGCAAGCAUUCAUCGACCAGGCAGACGUUUUGCAAAUACAAAGAGCUUUUUCAGGAGAUUUUUUUUUUUUUUUUUAUUCUUCUGAACGAGUGCAACAAGUAGAAGACCGAAGCGCUGCCUGCUAAAUUACACUGACACCACUUUCCACUUAGCUGUAUAGAGAUUAUGGUACUUUUAUCUCAAUGUGAAAUGCUCACAUUCUCUUUCAGUAAGGGCCAUAUAUAUAUGAAUUUAUAUUUAUAAGAAUAUCUGUAUGUAAAAUAACAUAUACUCUUUCUUGAGACUGGCAGGUGACCUGGAGGGAGAUAGUUUGUGAAGGGAGGCCUGUGACUGACAGCACAUAACAGCCCUUUCAUUCUGUCUUGUCUUUUUUUCCCCUUGGAUUGUGAAGGCAAGGGCUAUACACUAGAGGGCGCUGCAUGCGAGCGUGUAAGUGCCAGAUCUUGGGAUUUUUCUGUGCCUGUCUGGCUUGCUCGUCCCUUUCUCCCUCUGUCCCAUCCUGCUUUACCUUCUUUGUCAGAAAGAAUCCCAUCUAGCACUUUUUUAACCUGUUUAUUUUACACGGUGAAUGAAACUACCCAGGCUGAUGAUCACACAGUAUGUGAGCUGUGCAACUGACAUGAUGUUUUUAAAAGGGGACAGUAGACAGAAAAGGGCUGUUAUUUUAGUAAGUGUAGGUUAUGUCAAAAAGACUAGUGAUGAGGUCUUUCUGAUGGAAAACUUUAGUUUCAAUGGGAUGUGUGUGCUGGAAUUAAGGUUGGGCUUUCCUCGGGGUGGGAGCGUAGGGUGUCUUUUUUUUUAUCUUUUAUUCCCAGAUUGGAUGUAGGGCAGGUUAUAGAGGGGGAUUUUUUUUUUUGUAUAUUUUGUGUUCUGUUUUAUUUCAAAAGUAUUGGUUUGGGAAAAUGUGCUAUGUGUUGAAAUGGCCCCUGUUGUACCGAUUACAGUUUGUUUUGUUCAGGCCUUUUACCAGAGGCAACUUGUAAAAUGUCCCAUUUUUAGUAAUUUAUAUAGUAUAGGUCCUAAAUAUACUGACUUACAGUCCAAAAGGAAUUCAGCCAACUUAUUGCAGAGUGCAUGCAGGGCAAAGUAUUACCUUGAACUACAUUUUUAUACAUUUGAUUUUGUACUGUACAAGUAUUAUUGUAUUUUUAUUUUUUAUUUUUUUUGAGCGAUCAAUAACUGUCUUCCAUCAGCGCUGUUGGCUGCUGUUACGCUGUCCUUGAAUUCCUGUCAUCUAAUGUUGUUCUUCCUUUCAUGUGUUUUACUCCUUUUGUACCUACCAAUACCUAAAAGGACAGAACCACAUGCAAGAUUGUUUGACAGGCGGCUGUCUCUUGGGGAACACGAACAGACCACUAGGACUUCUUUAGAAAUGUUGAGGUACUCCGUUCACAUUAAUGGUAGUAAUAAUAACAUUAAGCAGUGUGAUGACUUGACUAAAAUGAAAUCAUUAAAGCUGAUGAUUUUAUACCUCUUAUCACUGGUGACCGAAGCAGGGAUUUCAAAGAUUGAUUUUAUGUAGCAUGACUGACGUGGCUACCGCUAAGAAACGCCUCAAAUAGUCCCCUCACCAUCAUUUUUUUGUGUCAUUACGGAAUUGCUUUCGCCUAAUGGUAAAGACACUGAUGUCUGGACUGUGAUCACAGUGUAUUUAUGAAUACAAAAAAGUUUCUUGAAGUUGCUCACUUUGUAUUGUUUCAAUAACUGUAAGGACAGGAGAUCCCAAAGAUGCUAUGAAUUCAAAUCCAAGUUUAUGCAUCACAUGCAGAUUGUGCACAGCCUAUUAGCCGAACUCACCCCAUGCCCUGCAGUAAUGUUCAUUGUUUUGUUUUACGGUUUGCUGUGGGGCUUGGCUGAAAUUUCACGUUUUCAGAUGUGUAAAGCCCCCUCAGACACUGUCAAGCCUCGAUCGAGAUCCUUAUGUGGCUUGAAUAAUGCCAGCCAUCAAUCUGUCAGUGGUUGCCACCACAAAGUUCUCUUGACACUUGUUUUUUGAAAUUUUUAUUUAGGGGGGGCUCCUUGCUGUAUAUUCCUGAAAAUAUUUAUUUUGUUUACAUACAAUUAAUAACACUACAUUAUUUUUCCUCUCCCUUGAUGUUCUUUUGCAUGUACAUUUUUGAAACUUUUUUUUUUCUUUUCGCCCCCUUUUUGUCACCAUGCCAAAUUUGUAGCUAAUUACCUUUUUCUCUCCUGUCUUAUUUUAUUACAGAUUCUUGUGAUCUGAUUCGCAGGGCUAUACCUGUCCAUUUUGACUUUAUUAUUGAUUAGGAAAAACAAUAAAAAUGCUGAUAUCA